UCUUAAAGCUUCCUCCUCUCACUCCCCGAGUUCUCUAUUCUCGCUCUUUUAGCCACUCUCUCCCGGUAAUGUCUUCCACUAAUCAAAUUUUUUAAACUAUGAAACAUGGGAUUUUUCCGGCGACUUUUUGGCAUCAAAAAAGCUGGUCCCUCACCACCGGCCAAGGCGAAGAGAAGGUGGAGCUUUUCUAGAUCUUCCAAUACGAUUCCGUCUCAGUUCAAUAAGUGUGAAGCUUUAUCGGGUGCGUAUGAUGAUAAUUUGGAUGCGAACAAGCACGCUAUAGCUGUGGCAGCAGCCACUGCGGCUGUUGCCGAGGCGGCACUCGCGGCUGCUCAAGCAGCAGCAGAGGUUGUGAGAUUGACUAGUGUUAGCGGCAGUGGUGGAAGAAGUACUAGCUCAGGUCACGUCAUUGGAAGUCAUCGCCGGCGGGAAGAGGAACUUGCUGCUAUCAAGAUACAGUCAGAGUUUCGUGGUUAUCUGGCAAGAAGAGCACUAAGAGCAUUGAAAGCGUUAGUAAAGCUUCAAGCAUUAGUUAGAGGCCACAUUGUGAGAAAGCAAACAGCAGAUAUGCUUAGGCGAAUGCAAACGUUGGUGACAGUGCAGGCUCGAGCUCGUGCUAGCCGCACCCAUGUAUCAGAAUCAUGGCAUUCUCCGGGCAAGUCUUCUCAGUCACAGCAUACCGUUCUUGCACGUCCUCAUAAGGAUCGUGUACUUCAUGAUUAUGGUGCUAAAUUUGAUGGGCCCUCCAUCCUUAAGAGAUGUGGUUCAAAUUCAAACCUGAGAGAGAUCAUUCACCUAGAUGAAGCAAACCUCGGUUCAAAUUGGUUAGAUUGUUGGAUGGAGGAAAGCUUUCAGAACAACCAUGGAAACAUUCCAAUGAGAAAUCGACAUGCUGAUGAUGAAAAGAGCGACAAAAUCCUUGAAGUGGAUACUUGGAAGCCCCACAUGAAAUCCCAACAAAGUAUCAGAACCUUGCAGGCCUCACGGCAUGUUUUGGCUUCAGAUCAUAACAAUAAGAGCUUUGCAACAUUCGACUUGCCAUCUACCUUACCAACAAAAGCAACAUAUCAAAUGCCAACUGUCUCUUCAGGAGAAGUUUUAUCAUUGAAAUCUCUUAAUUUCCCCCUCGGAAAAGAUGAAACGGUUUUGAGGAAUGUAGAGAACAACCCCCAUGUGUUUUCCCCAUCAUCUAGACCUGGAAGUAGCGGUAGAAGAGGUCCUUUUACACCCACAAGGAGCGAGUACUCAUGGGGCUUCUUUAAUGGGUACUCAGGUUACCCAAACUACAUGGCUAACACAGAAUCCUUUCGGGCUAAGGUUAGAUCACAAAGUGCCCCAAAGCAGAGGCUAGAGUUUGAAAAAUAUGGUUCGGAUAAAAGAUCUGUCCAGGGGUUUCAUGAUGGAGACACUAUUUCAGAAAGAAGCUUUGCUCAACAGGCCAACUUCAGGAACAGAGCUUAUCCAGCAUCUGGGCGCUUGAAUAGACAAGGGGGUACCAAUGCAAGGUGACAAUUGCUUGUUUCUUAAUAAUUUUCUUUACCUUUUCCCUGUUUUUUCUACUUCUUUUUCCCCCAUGUGUGGCAGAAUGCAAUUGUUGUAAUUAAUUAACCAUGUUCUCACAAACUUUGUCUUUAACAGAAUUAUUAUUGGUGUUUCAAAUGGAUGUAGUUUUCCAAAA